AUGCUGCUGCUGGCAGCAGUGUCUGAGUGCGUAACCACGUGCUUCAUGCCGGAUUACACUUUGCGUUCUUGGGGACUGAACUUAGGAGGCACUGCGUUAAACUGGAUCGGACCUUUCCUGGAUGGCUUGACUUACGGAUAUGAAGAACGAAUCAAAGGUGCAGACGUAUCACUGGCUUGUGUGCAGUUCCGGUCGGCAUUUUUAGGGGUUUUUACGUCUUAUUCGUUCAUGGCCGACCACGCCGGAGACUUGAGUGGCAGUAGCUUUGCUGCGGGGCCAGUCUACGUUUGCGCUUCGAUUCUGGGAGGCUGCGGCUGUUUUUACUUGGGCAAACAAGCGUCAGGCGCAGCGCUAGGACCGCAUGGAUUUGUGCGCGACCCAAACGACCCGCAGUUUAUUGGACCACUGCAAGUAGCGGAUGGGGAGGAGUUGGUACUUGGUAUCUUGAUGUCAUGCAGUGCAGUGCUGCUGUCGAACUACGUCUGCGCAUUUUUCCCGCUGGAGCCGCCACAACUUCGCUAUGCUGCAUCGUCUAAUGGCGGACCGUUUAUCGAUUGGGGUUGUCUUUGUUGUAAUUUUUUAGCUAGUGUUCUAGCAGGGUCGGCAUAUCAGUUGAGUCGAAUAUCACCCACGGAGUUGACGAACAAUCUCCUCACACUGAAGUUUGUAAGCUCGUUUUGCGGAUCGCUAUCAGUUUUCUCUGGUGCAGUUAGUAUUGUCUCGCGGCUUUGGCUGGCUGGUAAUCGAUAUUCAGCUCUGUGGAACCUAGCUUUACAGCUACUUGUCGGGCUCCUCGUUAUGCCAUAUCUGUACAAGCACGAUGCCAUUUAA